UCUUGAACCGGCUUCAACAUUUAAUUUGAUGCCCUCGACUUGCUCACGAUAGCUGGUGCUGUCGCAUACUCUCAGAUACUCACUCGAAGACUUCCUCGCCUCUCAGGCGCAUUAAUACAACUCUCAUGGCCCGACCCAUGGGGGCGGUUCGUCUCAAGAAGACGAAUCCCUUGACCCUCGCGCUCGGAGCGAUUCUGUGCAUCUUCAUCAUCGUCUUCCUCGUCUCUCCGUCGGGAAAAUCCGUCACCGCUCGCCGAUUCGAGUCCAUAACAGCAGAGCAUCAUCUCUCGCCGCCGACCUCACCGUACCGAAAGUCAAAAUCCCGAUCUGGCGUACCGCUCAAGCCACCACCCGUUGUGCACUACAACCUUAACAAUGUCACGAUUACGACCUCGCCCAUCGCGAACCGAGAAAAUGUCCUCAUUCUGACCCCAAUGUCUCGGUUCUAUCCUGGCUACUGGGACAAUCUUUUGCGCUUGACUUAUCCCCAUGAACUUAUCACCUUGGGUUUUAUCCUUCCCAAGACUAAGGAGGGCAAUCAAGCUACCACCGAACUCCAAGAACACAUCCACAAGACGCAGAAGCAUGGUCGCGAGGGCGACAAAUUCAAGAGCAUUAUCAUUCUACGUCAAGAUUUUGAUCCUGCUAUUGUGUCGCAGGAUGAAGCCGAGCGCCACAAGCUAAAAAAUCAGAAGGCCCGUCGCGAGGUUAUGUCAAAGGCCCGAAAUUCCCUAUUGUUCACAACUCUCGGCCCCGAUACCUCCUGGGUCCUGUGGCUAGAUGCCGACAUUAUUGAGACCCCUACAACCCUGAUCCAGGAUCUCGCCUCCUUUGAUAAGCCUCUCAUUGUCCCAAACUGCUUCCAGCGAUAUUACGACGAGGAACAUAAGCAAAUGGCAGAGCGGCCAUACGAUUUCAACAGCUGGCAAGAUAGCGAGACAGCGCUGGCGCUCGCUGCCAAGAUGGGUCCUGAUGAAAUUCUUCUCGAGGGCUACGCUGAAAUGCCUACAUAUCGAAUGCUCAUGGCAUACCUAGCUGUUGAAGGUGGUGACCGUAAUCUGGUCAUUCCCCUUGACGGAGUUGGAGGUACUGCCCUCCUAGUCAAGGCAGAUGUGCAUCGCGAUGGUGCCAUGUUCCCCCCCUUCCCCUUCUAUCAUCUUAUUGAGACCGAGGGAUUCGCCAAAAUGGCUAAGCGAUUAGGCUGGCAACCAUAUGGCCUUCCCAAUUACAAGGUCUAUCACUAUAAUGAGUAACAUUGCCACGCUUGCAUAUGGGCAACAUGAUCUAACUCCUUUUGCGGCCCCUGUCUUCUGAUUCUUAUGCCAAGAAAACAAGCAAGCUGCCCUGGGAUUAGGUCAAUCAAUAGUUGCUUAAUAGCUAUUAUUGGGCAAUUCAUGAUUCAAUUUGGGCGGGUACAGGUCAUGGCGUUUAGUAGUGCAUCCUCUGAACAAUUUUUUUUCAAAACAGAGAGGGGAAUGGAAGCCUCGUUGCAAAAAGCGCGAUAGCUUCAGGGAAGCUAUGAUGCCUUGUUAAAGAUAAGCAUAUUGUAUUGGUUUACAAAUUUCUGUAAGAACAUUCGAGCAUUCAGUACGAAAGUGGAGGAAGAAUCAUGGAAUAGAUCGGCAUCUGCGUGUGUUAUGCUGUUCAAUACAAGUUUUGAGGUCAUU